GAAGAAUUCGUUUUCUAUUUUGGCGGUUUGGGGAGGAAAGCUUUUUGGAGGGCUUAUACUCGCAGGCGAAUCCGCAACAUCGAUUCAUCGCUUGGAACUGUGAACCCUUUCGCCCUUUUCACAUUUUGAAGGUAUGGUGAAGCAUGGAAACAAAUCAAAAGCCUGGUACAAACAGCAGACAAUCUCAGUUCUCAUUGUGUCUGCUUUUCUUAUCCUAUUUGUGUGGAUGAUUUUAUUUCGCAAGGAGUCUCAACAGCAUGAUCUUUUAACUGAGGCAACUCCAAAGCAAAAGUGGGAUAGCUUCAAUUCUCUUGUGCAAUUUAAUCCAAAUAUACAGUUUCGGAAUGGAACUGACAUAAUAUCGCAGAUUCCCAAUUCACCGAAGGCAGUUUUGUUCAUUGCUCAUGGCUGCAAUGGAAAAGCCAUUAACUUCUGGGACAAAUCUCCCAAAUGCCCUUCUUGUGUCGGUCUGCCUGAGGAACGGUUGAUUGUCCUUCAUGCGCUCAGCAGACAUUUUGCAGUUCUUACAAUAUCAAGCUCUCAAAAAUGUUGGACACUGGGGAAGGAAUUAGCGAUCGUGAAAGACAUAAUAUUUUGGUGGGUUAAAAAGAACAAACUCAAGAAACUUCCUCUUGUAGGUUUAGGUGCCUCCUCUGGUGGAUAUUUUCUUUCAGUGCUGGCCACUAAGUUGAAGUUUAAUAGUAUUACUUUGAUGAUUGCUGAAGGGUUGUAUGAACAAAUGGAGGUAACAGAAAGAUACCCACCUACUCUGUUUGUACACAUGCCGAAAGAUCAAUUUAGGCAACAAAAGAUCAAUGAAAAUAUGGAGUUUUUGAAAAGUAAAGGAGCUGAUGUUGCAGAAAUUGAAUGCUUGGAGUUUAGUUUGUCGCCACAUUUUUUGGCUGACCGAAUCCCAGGACUCAACCAGAGUGUUUCUGGUAAGUUGUUUGAGCUUUUCCAAGCCAAGGGCUUCAUAGAUGGAAAUGGAAAGAUGCUCAAAGAUGGGCGGGAAACACGGUGGAAAGAAGCCCUCAAGAGGAGUGAGAUUAAUUUAACCGAUAAUAGUCUAACCCAUCACAUUCAAGAAGAGUUGAAUCUUGCCUUUGCAUACCAUGAAAUGACUAGCUUGGAGUCUGACAAGAUUUUCACAUGGUUUGAAUCUCACAUGCGAUGAUUCUAUCAACAUUGAAACAAAAUCCAGGUUCUUAGAAUCCACACCCUCCCAAACACACGCACGAGAAGAAAAUGUAUGUAGAAUGGUUUUUUCUGUUAACAAUUUUUGUAAUGCUGGCGUUGAUGGUUCUGUAUUUAUGUUUACAUUGCUCAGUUAAGAAAGUUGAAGCAAGAACAUGAAUAAAUGUUAUUUUCAACUCCCA